AUGGUUCCAGCAGUGGUGCUAACGAUGUUCCUCUCCCCAGGGGGCGUGUGCAUCUCCCAGUCGGUGAAGAUCCCGCGGGAACCCAAACAGGGAGAGUUCGAUAAGGUCAUCCGGAGGCUGCGAGAGAACCCCAACGCCAGGGUGGUCAUCCUGUUCGCCAACGAGGACGACAUCAGACGGCUGCUCCACGCCGCCAAGAAGGCCAACCAAACGGGACACUUCAUCUGGGUGGGCUCCGACAGCUGGGGCUCCAAGAUAUCCCCGGUGCUGGACCAGGAGGAGAUGGCGGAGGGGGCUGUCACCAUCCUGCCCAAGAGACAGUCCGUCAGAGGGUUCGACCGAUACUUCAUCAGCCGCACGCUGGAGAACAACAGGAGGAACAUCUGGUUCGCUGAGUUCUGGGAGAACAACUUCAACUGCAAGCUGAGCCGGCACGCGCUGAAGAAAGGAUCAGGGCUCAAGAAGUGCACAAACCAGGAGCGCAUCGGGAAGGACUCGUCCUACGAGCAGGAGGGCAAGGUGCAGUUCGUGAUCGACGCGGUGUACGCCAUGGCCCACGCCCUCCACAACAUGCACCGGGAGCUGUGCCCGGGCACGGUGACCCUCUGCCCCAAGAUGGACCCGCUCAACGGCACGCUGCUGCUCAAACACAUCCGCCGCCUCAACUUCGCCGGCAUCGCCGGGAACCCGGUCCUGUUCAACGAGAACGGGGACGCCCCGGGCCGCUACGAGAUCUACCAGUACCAGAUCAGGAACCGGACCGCUGAGUACAAGAUCAUCGGCCACUGGACCGACCAGCUGCACCUUAACGUGCGCACCAUGCAGUGGCCGGGCGGCGUGCGCCGGGUGCCCUCCUCCAUCUGCAGCCAGGCCUGCAAGGCGGGCGAGCGCAAGAAGACGGUGAAGGGCAUCCCGUGCUGCUGGCACUGCGAGCGCUGCGACGGCUACCAGUACCAGGCCGACACCUUCAGCUGCAAGAUGUGCCGCUUUGACCUGCGGCCCAACGCCAACCACACGGGCUGCGACGCCAUCCCCAUCGUGAAGCUGGAGUGGAGCUCCCCCUGGGCCGUCAUCCCCGUGCUCAUCGCCGUGGCGGGCAUCAGCGCCACGCUCUUCGUGGUGGUCACCUUCGUGCGCUACAACGACACGCCCAUCGUCAAGGCGUCGGGGCGGGAGCUGAGCUACGUGCUGCUGACGGGGAUCUUCCUGUGCUACGCCAACACCUUCCUGAUGAUCUCCACGCCCGACGUGGGCGUGUGCUCCAUGCGGCGGAUCUUCCUGGGCCUGGGCAUGAGCAUCAGCUACGCGGCGCUGCUCACCAAGACCAACCGCAUCUACCGCAUCUUCGAGCAGGGCGGCGUGUCGGUGAGCGCGCCGCGCCUCAUCUCGCCCGCCUCCCAGCUGGUCAUCACCUUCGCCCUGGCGGCGGUGCAGCUGCUGGGCGUGUGCAUCUGGUUCGGCGUGGACCCGUCGCAGGCCGUCAUCGACUACGAGGACCAGCGCACGUCCAACCCGCUGAUGGCGCGCGGCGUGCUGAAGUGCGACAUCUCGGACCUGUCGCUCAUCUGCCUGCUGGGCUACAGCAUGCUGCUGAUGGUCACGUGCACGGUGUACGCCAUCAAGACCCGAGGCGUGCCCGAGACCUUCAACGAGGCCAAGCCCAUCGGCUUCACCAUGUACACCACCUGCAUCAUCUGGCUGGCCUUCAUCCCCAUCUUCUUCGGCACCUCGCAGUCCACCGAGAAGAUGUACAUCCAGACCACCACGCUGACCAUCUCGGUGAGCCUGAGUGCCUCGGUGUCCCUGGGCCUGCUCUACAUGCCCAAGGUGUACGUGGUCCUGCUGCACCCGGAGCAGAACGUGCCCAAGCGCACCCGCAGCCUGAAGGCCGUGGUCACCGCCGCCACCAUGUCCAACAAGUUCAACCCCAAGGCCAGCCUGAGGCCCAACGGCGAGGCCAAGACCGAGCUCUGCGAGAGCCUGGACUCACAAACCUUCUCCACAAAGCAAACAUACAUCAGCUACAGCAACCAUGCAAUCUAGCGGGGGACCAAGGAAGGCCGGACGCCCGCCAUUGUCAAGGAUUCCACCAUUCUGACCGUGACGACGACGCGUGUGUAUGGAAUUCCGGGCAGCCGGGAGUGUGUGUGUGGGGGCGUGUGCACGUACGGGUGCGCCACCGAUGAUGGAUUUUUCCUGGGACCCAAUGUGGCAAAAGGAUUAACAACGGCAAAGUUUUCUGAGGGAGAGAGGGCCCGAGGGGGAGGACGUCGAGGCUCCAACUUUGACUUGAUGGCGGCCGAGAGACAAAGGAAGAGAGGGGAGCGGGACUUUUUAAGUGUUGUGUGGCGGUUCUGUUGGAUCGGAGCGGGAAGGGGCCUCGGACCUCGAGGGAUCCACGACUGGCUAUGAGGAAAUGUGUUGGAAGUUGUCUGCAACUUUUGUUCUGAUUAUCAUUCAAGUUCUGAGAGGGUGAGUAACUCCAACACUUUUAAGGAGGGUUGGUUUACUUUGGUUACUUUCUGAGUGUCUUUUUUCCGUUACAAAACGUCAUUCCAACAGAACCCCGUUUUUGGUUUCCGAGUUCAUGUUUUUGCUUUUUCUCUAAACGGUCUGUGAUAGGUUAACAGAAACGAAGACUUUGAAAAAUGAUAACAAGAAAAAAAAAAAGAGAAUCAAUCUGCUGAUUUUGAGCAUGCCGGUUUGAACACCCUGUGUCGUGUAAUAAAAAAAAAUCGUAAACAAAAACUAAAGAAAAAAAGUUGGAAUGCGUUCAAACUCUGUUCCAGUGUUGUUACAAUUGUUUGGGCUGCUGCCUACUGUAUGUUUAAAAUCGGUCCUAACUGGUGAAGGUCAAAUCGUGAUUUCUGUUACUUUCUGUUCGUUUCUGUGUGCUACAGUGAGGCCAUGAUAUGUAUUACCAGCUAGCCAAAGGCUGCCACUGCCCUCCGCAUUUUGUGCUUUGAAUCGGUGGCCCACGGCUAAAGCGAACAGUACUUCUCCCCCCCACCCCCCACCCCAGACCAAACUCUAAGUCGUCGCCCCUGUAUGAGCCACCCCAUCACUGCCACCACCUGUCUUCUAGGUCACAGAUAAGGGACAGUUCCAUUAGGGUGGGGGGGAUUAAGAUGAAGUGAGCGCUUGAAUGUGGAUCGCGCGAUAUCCUCUCAAGGUGAUCCAUUACGGAGCAGCGAUCCAAACGACAUUACCUCUUCUUCUCAGGCGUCGUCGCCGUCGCCGCCCCUUCCCCCAACUUGUCUCACCGGCCGUAAGUUUGGACGUCGCGCCAUCACUUUGUCGUUAAGUGUAAAGCCGCCAUUGUUAAGAGUCGACGCUAGCUAGCAUCCGUAGGUCCCUUACAGCGAUCGGACCGAGGUCAGCGGAGUUCCUCGUGCAUAAUGUUAAAUAAGUCGUAAACAUAUCUAAAAUAUCGGAUGAGGAAGAGCGAGGACGUCGCAAAGGCAAGACGCGCAAAGUUUCAAACAUGUACCGUAAAUUUCUAUGUUACUAACUUUCCAUGAUCAUGAAAUAACCUGAUAAACGGAUGACGUACCGCGGUGCAGAAGCCUCGAGUCAUUCAACAUCUUUAGGAAAAUAUGUGAGGAGGAGGAGCGAAGAAGUCGCAAGACUUGAAACUCUCAAAAGUGAACAUUACUAACUAUCCAUUACAAUGAAGUGAAGGGAAUACAGGACGAAUUAACACAUAGAGGUAUCAGAAUAAACAAGGUAUUUAAAGUCCUCUGGAAACACGGUCCGAGGUAGAGCGAGGUAUGUAAACUCUUUGAGUUUGAGUGAAGACCAUCCCAGGGUCCCUGUCGUAUGACGUGAAUCCAUGUUGCUUCUCAUCACCCCCCCAUCCCCCCCCCCCCCCCCGUGUCCCUCAACACCGUGUUGCAGAUCAACUUAAAAAAGACCCAAACGGCCUCCUAAUGUGUGUUGUUAAAUAGACGAUGAUGUCGCUUUACCACCUGACAUACUCUAAGCUAGGAGGGAGGGAAAGUAAAAAAAAAAAAGAAGAACCCAGUGCCUGGCUACCUGAUGAUGAUGUGUUUGUAAAACCUCAUGAAACCUAACAACUUUGUGUGGAGCAUGUUCAGUUAUUUCUUUUUUUAUACCUUUUAUUUCUAUUAAAAACUGUUUUCAAACCACAUACCCCCCCCACCCCCCUUUUUGUUGGUUCCGUUUCAUGUACGGUGUGUGCUUCUUUUGAAAUGUCCCCAUACCUUGAUUCUACAAACCCUGCGGGGGCGCAGAAAUCUAAUGUUUUGUUACAUGCAAAUCAGGUAAACAAAUGGAAAAAUCAAUAAACAUACCAUGCUCCAUC